AUUCAAAACCACAUUAAAGUGAAAAGUGAAACUGACUGGCAAUUUUCCAAAAGAAAAGCCGGAAAUCAGUGUGGAAAGUGUAAUUUUAUUCAUAAGAGAUCAAUAAAAUCAUGUCUUUCUUAGCCAAACAGUUCGGCAAAAGGGUGCUUUUACCGGCACUUUCUACAGUAAAGAAAGUGAACCUUUUCACAACCAGUGUUGCCUUUACGCCGAAGGUCCAGAAGCCCGCCCCAGACUUUGCAGCAACAGCUGUAGUCAACGGAGAAUUCAAUAACCUCAAGCUGGCCGACUUUAGCGGGAAAUAUGUUGUACUACUCUUCUACCCAUUGGAUUUCACCUUUGUCUGCCCCACGGAACUGAUCGCAUUCAGCGACCGUUCGAAAGACUUUGCCAACAUUGACUGCCAGGUUCUAGGAGUGUCGACAGACUCCGAGUUCAGCCAUCUUGCUUGGAUCAAUACACCUAGGAAGGAUGGCGGUUUGGGAAAGCUAGACAUUCCUCUUCUGGCCGACUACAAGAAGAAGAUUUCUCAGGACUAUGACGUCCUCUUGGACGACGGUUUCGCGCUGCGUGGCCUCUUCGUGAUCGACAGGAACGGUAUCCUCCGUCACAUGUCCAUCAACGACUUGCCAGUCGGUCGCUCCGUCGACGAAACACUACGGCUAGUGAAGGCCUUCCAGUUCUCGGAUAAACACGGCGAAGUGUGCCCAGCCAAUUGGAACCCGGAAACAAACUCUGACACAAUCAAACCGAGCCCUAAGGAAAGCAAGGAGUACUUCAAAAAGGCUAACUAGAUAAUUCCGAAUUUUCUAGGCUAUAUUCAAUCUUGGGGGCAUUUAUAUUAAGUCCAUUUUUGCAUGACAUGAUCAACUAAAUCGAGGCUAAGAUCUCUAGCCGCCCAGAGACCUAUAAAAAGGUCUCCUGUUCCAUUCUAAUUUGAACUUUGUGUUGACAAUAGUUAUUUGUACAACAAGAGAUCAAAGUUUGAUAUUUCUUCGAGUGCUUAUUUUGAGUCCCGUGCAAGCGAAAGAUGCUAUAAUAGAUUCACGAGCGUAGCGAGUGAAUCUAAUUUAGAAUCUUGAGCGUAGUAAGGGAUUCAAAAGCGAACGAGAUGUAAAUAACUUUGAUCUCGUGUAGUACACAAAAUUUUUCACCCUAAGCAGUGAGAACAUACCUAGAGGGACAGAGAUAUUAGAACCCAAGUAUAUCGAACUUGUAUUAGACCCCGCAUGUUGAAAUGACAUUUGACUAUAAAGGUCACUUGAAUGUCAUUUUGUCUCACUCAGUGAGCAAAAUCGCAUUUUGCUCACUGUUUUUAAGAAGCAAAGUACCCUUGUUCGAGCUGCUGAGGUGAAAAAUAAAAUUUCAUUUUGCUUGGCAAGGUUUGACGUAUGGGCGGCUAGAGGAUAAAACAGCUAUUUUAAAGGUUGAAUCAAACUAUUUGUAAAGGGUUAAAUGUAAAAGAAACGUGAUCAAAGUCUCAAUAAAUGGAUAGGUUCUGUAAAGUACUCGAAAUAUUCUUUAUUUAUACUUAAAGUAGUUAAGAAUACAUGAUUUUGUUAAGUUA